ACUAACGUGCAGGCUAUGGGAUCACUGCAGGGACUUGAGAGCAGCCGCUCAUAGCAUAUACCAAGCUAACUACUGUUGUUAGCCCCCGAUUUAUUUGUUGUAAACUUAAUGGUUUCAAACGGAGCGGGAAUGAAGGACCAGUGUUUUUUGGCUUUUUAAGAUUAGGAGAAAUCAAUUCGAGGCUAACUGGUUAGCUCGCUAGCUAGUGGCCAUCUCGAAUCCAUGCAGCCUACGAGUUGCAAUGUGGUAUAAACAAUAACAGGAGUAUAAAGGGGACUAUUUCAUGUCUACAGGGCUCUAAUAAUGUUAAAAACUGUAUUCGGAAAGUCAUAAACAGGUUUUUGUGCUGUAAUUAAGAAAACUAAAAAAAACAAUUUAACGCGGUAGGGUCUGGAACUAAUGAACCGCUAUCCGUAUUUUCAUCACUUUACAUAAUUAUCUGUGUACAUUGCAUGUUAUUAUACUGAACGUCGCACUCUGAAUGUGUUUAGUAUUUGCGUUCGGGGGAAACUUUCUGCCUCGAUGGCAGCGCACGUUUGUGACGUCACUCAAUGUUUGCCAUCAUGGCGGCGCGUUUUAGUGACGCCACAGCGACAUUUGCCAUCAUGGCGGCUGAAGGCGAAAUAAGCGGCGAUGGGGAGCUCGGAGAGCCUUCAGGUACUUCGAAUAACGCCAAAUGCAAUUCAGCGUCCCGCUACGCAUCGUGUCGGACAAAUGUUUGGGCUGCUGCUUGAUUUUGCAAGAGCUCCAGAUGAACGUCAAAGUCAGAGAUGGCUGGUUUGAGGGCUGCAAUGUCUAUAGCCAAACUAGGCUAACUGGAGUUGAAAUGUAGACACCGUCAAUUAGAACAAUAACACUUUCAGUUUCACUUGUCACAAGUAGAGUAAUUCACUUACUCCUCUUACUCCACUUAGUUCCAAUAUGACGUACAACGUUUUCAAGUAAAAUUACUUACUUUGCCAAGUUGUAAAACACAAAACCUUCUGUUUAUGUAGACAUGUAUGUUUAUAGAAGCACUGUUUACAAUACAAUUGUUGUUUCCAAUACAGCCUAGGCUCCCAACGUGGGGUACGUGUACCGCCAGAGGUACGCCAAUUGUCAUAUGAUCAGAGAGCGCACAAUCAUAGCAGAAAGAAGGAAGGAGACACGGCAUGAAGUUCUUCAUUGGUCUGUGUAAGUUAUAUGAAUAAGUAAGCAACUUUGAUGAUCAUGUUGUGUAUUAAGCGUGUUUAAUCUUGAUGGUUUAAUUAUUAUUGGUGUUCCAAUUCCUGCUCUGUGAAAACCUGUCUAUGUAUGUGCGUGUCAGGAUGAGAGAGUGGGGAUUCCCCUGAAAAUGAGGCUUUAUUGCUGCUUGUAUGUAUUUUUGUACUUUACGUACUGCUUUAUCAUGUUUGUUAAACUUUCCCUUUCAAUUUUGUAGCAAAAUAAUAUGCAGAUGAUAGCGAUUGCAAGUGGACAAGGAUCCCAACAUCUGUCUGAAAUAAAAGCUAUGUAGGACCAAUACUUAGAUACUGUAUUCAUCUUCAAGAGAAAUUUACAUCUUAUCUAUCAGUGCUCAUGUAAAACUUUUAUCAAAAUUUGACCUUGCAAAUUACACAUUUUUGAAGCAGAAUGACUUACUAUAAAACUAAUUAACCAAUUAAUCAUGCUUAAUAUUUCAAUUUAAUGAAAAUGUUUUUUUUUUUUUUAAGUGUGCGGGAGUAGGGCUUACAUGGCUUCAAGUCAAAUGUCUGAAGGGGUACGCAAUUGGUGAGAGGUUGGGAACCACUGCAAUACAGGAUUGUUUACAAUACAGUUGUGCAACAACAUUGAAUGCAAUUGGGAAUGCAUAGUGACAUGAUAUGACACCCCCCACCAGAAUUAAUUUUUAAUGGAAACAUAUCCCAAGUCUGAAUCUGGGUUGAGGUGCAUUUUUAAUGCCUCACUUUCUACAGCCAUGGAGGCCGCCGAGGUCCCCACGCCGCCUCCUCCAGAGAUGUCAAACGAGGACAGGAGCGCCGCCGUGGUCGCCGAGCCCUCUGGCGACCCAGACUGUGUUGCCGUCUCUCUUCCUGCCGCUGCAGAGGACGAGGACGGUGCUAUGCCGGCAGACUUUGAACGUCUGUGGGAGGCUGCACACGACAGCCCUCAUGACUUCGCCAGCUGGACUGACCUGUUGCAAUAUUGCGAGCAAGAGGGACACCACGUAGCAUCGCGGAGAGCCCUGGUGGCAUUCCUCGCCCGCUAUCCCCUCUGCUACGGCUAUUGGAAAAAAUUUGCUGAUUUGGAGCGCCGUGCUGGUAACAACGACAAAGCGGCGGAGGUGUGUGUUCAAGGUCUCCACUCGAUCCCCCUGAGUGUGGAUUUGUGGAUCCACUACAUCAACCUGCUGCUGGGAACACUCGACAUGAACCUGAUCGAGUCACCCAAGCGUAUUCGCAGUGUGUUUGAGGAUGCGGUUGUAGCAGCAGGCCUGGACUUCCACUCAGACCGGCUGUGGGAUCUCUAUGUGGAAUGGGAGAAGGAGCAAGGAAACGUGGGGAACGCUACAGCCGUACUGGACAGAGUCCUCAAAGUUCCCACUCAGUUGUACAACACCCACUACGAAAAGUUCAAGGCCCACCUGAGCAGCCACGAGCCUAAAGAAGUGCUCUCUCUGGAGGAGUACGAGGAGGUGAGGGCGUUUUGCCGCGAGAGUCAGAAAGUGGAGCGUGCCGAGCAGGCCAAGGAGAAGGAAGAAGAGAGGCCGCCUGGGGAGGAGGAGCCCGCCACGCCCGAGGGCACAGACUCUGAGGAACUGAUGCAGAGGAUUAGAGAGCAAGUGUUGCUUCGCAGGGACAAAGUCUACCAGGAGAACGAAGACGAAGUCCGCAAGAGGUGGAACUUUGAAGAUGCUAUCAAACGCCCUUAUUUCCAUGUGAGGCUGCUGGAUCACGCCCAGCUGCGAGGCUGGCACUCCUACCUGGACUGGGAGCUGGCUCAGCUCAACACCGACACUCAAGCCAACAAAGAUGCAAACGAGUCAGACACGGAUGUUAAAGAUGCGACAGAGGACACGGCCCAGCCUCGGCAAGAAACGCAAGAAACUGCGGGCGCCCGUGACGACCACAGAGUUCGUGUUCUCUUUGAGCGCUGCUUGAUCGCCUGCGCUCUCUAUGAGGAAUUCUGGACCCGGUACAUUCAAUACUUGGAGCCACUCAGCGUGGAUGAGGCCCGUGCCGUCUACAAGCGAGCCUGUGAGAUCCACCUACCGUCCAGACCCAACAUCCACAUGCAGAGGGCCACCUUUGAGGAGAAGCACGGUGACCUGGCCGAGGCUCGGCGAGUGCUGGAGGCUCUGGAGAAAAACACGCCGGGUUUGGCGGUGGUUCGCCUCCGCAGGGCCGCGUUGGAGAGGAGGGCAGGCCAGCUGGAACGGUCAGAAGCUCUGCUGCAGGAGGCGGUGGCUCAGUCCAAAGAGAAGCCCACGUUGCACGCCUUCUACUCCAUCAAGCUCGCUCGGCUGCUGCUCAAGCUGGGCAGGAACCCCAGCAGAGCUCGCAGCGUUUUACAGGAAGCGCUGGAGAUCAGUCCGGAUAACGACAAGCUGCACCUGAACUUGUUUGAGUUGGAGCUGGAGGGCGAGCCCUUGUCCUCGGCCAAGGCGGUGCAGGAGUGUGUGACGCGAGCUCUGGCGGCGCCCCUCGCCUCGCACACCAAGCUACGCUUCUCACAGCGCGGCCUCCAGUUUGCUGAAGAGUACAGCGACUCUAUCAAGAGUGUGAUGUCUGUGUAUGAAGAGCACCAGAAACUGCUGAAAGAACUCGGCGGGACAAAGAGAGAAGCUGAAAAUGGGGAUGAAGACCCAGAGAAAAAGAGCAAAGACGAUGACGGCUCGGCGGCCGACGCAUCCGCACAAGCCCCAGACGCGACGACUCACACCCCGAUCACUACGCCGCCGCCCCAGGCAAUGAGUACCGACACAAGCGGCCAGGCCGGCUACGGCGCGUACAGCAACUGGUAUCAGCAACAACAAUACUGCAGUUAUGGCUACCAAAACGCCUGGAACUACAACCAGGGCUACUAUCCACCCAGCUAACCAGGAUGAAAUGUUGCCUGUGGACAACAAACUGACACUUUCUGGCUCUCACGGAAUAUCUUGCAGCAUCUUUCCCCUUCUCCAUCCUGGAUGGGUGAAGACAUGGUUCUAUGGUUGGUCUCGCAUCGCACUCCCCGUGCGGCCAGUGUUGAUAGACGAUGAGAGGAAGGAAGUGUGACAUGAGUAAGCCUCAUUGCUCCUUUUUAAACCAGAACUAUUUUUGUAUGUGACUUCUCCAACGUUGCAGGCCCACCAUGGUGAUGUUCUACAUAAAAGGUGUGUUUUAGUGUCCGAAAGCUCUGCAUAUUCAUGUUUUCAUCUACAUACAUUCAACCUCAACCUAUUUUAGGUUCUGUACAAAGAAUACCAUCAUUUCCGGUGCAUAAGCCGUUUUUUUUCUUAGAACUUUGAGUCCUGCGGCUUGUACAGCGGUGCGACUCAUUUCUGGCAAUGUUCUAAUCUCGUGACAUCUCCUUUACUUGACAACUACGGUACUACUAAUCGUUUAAAUACUGUGCCGCUCGCGAGUCAGUGAGGAAAAUGGUAGCUCUUUCUUUCACAGGAGCCAAUCACGAGCUAUAAGUCAACUGGCAAGGAGCUUGUCAACCCAUUAGAGCCGCAGGCUCCCUCUGGUGGGCAGAGGCAGCUAAAUGAAUCAGCAUUGAAUGAAACGCCUUGCUGGGACGAAAUGCAUUCUGGGAAUAACUUUAAAUUGUUUUUUUAUUUAAAAGUCGUAUUGGUGCUUGUAAAUUUCUUACCUUUUGAAUGUCAAGUUGCUGUGAGAUGAUUUUAGCGUUCUGACAGUAAGUCAGACUUAAAUUGAGUAAUGGCCUCCUGCGAUUACCAAUGGGUUGACAAGCAUGUUGUGAGUUUUUUUUCCAUAGCUCAUGGUUGGCUCCUGUCAAAUCAAGAGCUACCUGGUCCUUACAUACUCGUGCGCGCCACAAUAUGCCACUUUAGAACGUGGACAUGUGGAACUUAUAGUACGGUGCAGCUUAUACACCGGAAAUGACUGUUUUUAGUUGUGUGCAAAUGUGUUGCAGGGAAAGAAGACAACAUUGCUGCAGUUCUCCCGAGUCAGCUUUAUUCAAAGUCAAUUAUGCAGACACAAUUGUCAAUAUAUUAUGACUUAUAAAAAACUGGCAACGUAGAAUCUCACAAAAUCAGGAUGUUGUGAAGUGAAUUUAAGGCCCUUUUAAAUUAACAAGUGGUGAGUGUUUACUUUGGAAGAAUCAGGUUAAAAUGUAACCGAUGUGUUGACCAGUCAGACGCCAACGAGCUUUACCAUCUUUCAAGCCACUGCGUUUAAAAAACCAAAACAAUCUGGUGAAAUCAAGCAUGUUUUUUUUGAUAUUACAAGUGAUGACAUAACUUCAUCUCACUGAGUCCAGUUGGCCGUCUGACACGAUGACACUAAAGCUGUACGGUCUGUUGCAGUUUGUUUCUUGUGUUGAUGCAGUGGAGGUGGUGAGGUAGGCUCAUGAAGCAGAUCCCCCCCUCUCGCAGCUCUUUUCAUUUUUUGGUAACAACCAGCACAGCUGAAGGCACCAACCCUGAGGAGAAAACGUGGAAAAGAUGACAAAACAGCUAAACAACAACAACAACGUGCGUCCUGGUUUAAAAACAAAAAACAUUUCUCACCUAACUCUUUGAGGGGUUUUUCCAUGUCCAGUUCAGUGUAGACGUGACGAGGGUAGGGGGACAGCAGCGUGAAGUCCUGACCCUCCGGGGUGUUGCCGUUCACCUGCACGUAGACGCGCACCGCCGCCAGCGGCUCCUGGGCCUUGAAGACGGCCGUGAUGGUGGAGCCGUCCAGCAGACGCACCUGUCGUUAACGUGAAGGAUGGAUGUGAUCAAUAUGUUCUUUUUAAGAACGUUUACGGGUGACAGUCCCACCCUCACCUGUAUUCGGGACUCGUCAUACUCUUUCUUAGUGGGUGGCGGGCCUUGACUGGUGGGCGACACCGGACUGGGCUGGACUGACGUGCUUGUGCUGGACGAUCCACUGCCUCCAAACUUUCAAGCAUCACCAACCUGGCUGCCUUCCCCACUCGCAACUGAAAGAAAACAAAAACACACGAGAGUGAAUGUCGCCCAAGCCUUUCAUCCAAAAAAUGACAACAUCCCCCUCCCCCUCCACGCACCUCCAGUUGUGUCCCCCAGCAAAGACUCUGGUGUGCCCGUCUGGUCGUCAUCCGGUCCUCCCAGGAUGUUCUCUGCUGGAGGUUUGUACGGCUCAUCAAUGUCUGGGUCGUUCUCAUGCUCCAUUAACCUGAAGAAAGCACAACAAACUGUUCAUCCUUUACAGCAGGGGUGUCCAAAGUGCGGCCCAGGGGCCUUUUGCGGCCCGCGGCACGUUCUAAAAACAGAAUUUAACAAGAAAAUGAAACAUUUAAAAAAACAA